GUAUCGGUACGGUGGUACGGUCACGCACACCACCGUACACUUUGCACUGCACCCGAGGGUUCGAGGUAACGAAGAUUGCUACUAGACGUUCACUGUUCUUCGAUAAGUUGUCGACCGCGUUUUGAAGUCCUUCAGGUACCAGUAAAAACCUAAACUCAAAAAACAACAUCAUCAUGUUCGUCUCGUCGGCUGCCCGCAUUGCCCCAGUUGCCCGAAGCCUGGUCCUCAACGGAACCAAGGCCUACAUCCGACCGAUCAGCAGCGCCAUCAUCUCCCAGAGCCAGACGCUCGCUGCCCAGAACACAGCACCAGUCGCUCUGUUGCCACAGGUCCGGUCAUUCCAGACUACCCCGGUCACCCGUGACAUUGAUUCUGCUGCCAAGUUCAUUGGUGCCGGUGCAGCCACGGUUGGUGUUGCCGGAUCUGGUGCCGGAAUCGGAACAGUAUUCGGAUCGCUGAUUAUCGGUUACGCAAGAAACCCGUCGCUGAAGCAGCAGCUGUUCUCCUACGCUAUCCUGGGUUUCGCCCUGUCUGAAGCCAUGGGUCUGUUCUGUCUUAUGAUGGCUUUCCUGCUGCUGUUCGCUUUCUAAAUUACUUAUCUCCACCCCUAAAAAACCCCCCUUCUACAUAAUCGGACGCAAACCCCGGUAUUCUUAUGUGUAAAGGAGAAGCGAAGGAGAAACAAA